ACUCCAUCACAUAAUCCUACAUUUCUAAGCAUCAUUGCAUUCAAAAAAACAAAAUAAAGGUUUCAGUCUUUUGUGUCCUAAUUUUCUCGACCUACUUUCUUCUCCAAAGUUGCAGUCAAAAUGUUGAGUACAAAUGCGAUUAGAACCAUCGUUGGGAUCAUCGGAAAUAUCAUCUCCUUAUUCCUGUUUCUCUCGCCCGUCCCCACAUUUAUUAAAAUAUUUAAAUUGAAAUCCGUGGAAGAGUUCAAGCCGGAUCCAUAUGUAGCAACAAUCUUGAACUGUGCCAUGUGGGUGUUCUAUGGUCUCCCCAUUGUCCAUCCCGACAGUCUUUUGAUCAUUACCAUCAAUGGUGUUGGCCUGGUGAUUGAGGGCGUCUUCGUAACCAUCUUCUUUAUCUUCUCUAACAACAAGAAGCGAAAGAGGAUUUGCUUUUAUCUUUUGAUCGAAAUCAUCUUCAUGGCAGCUGUAGUUUUGAUUACUUUACUUGUGUUCCAAACAACCCAAAAAAGGUCCAUGUUUGUUGGAAUUUUGGCCAUUGUCUUCAACAUUGGAAUGUACACUUCACCAUUGACAGUCAUGCGUAUGGUGAUUAAGACAAAAAGCGUCAAGUACAUGCCCUUCACUCUCUCCCUUUUUAACUUCUUAAAUGGAGUUGUUUGGGUGAUUUAUGCAUUACUCAAAUUUGAUAUUAACGUCUUGAUUCCGAAUGGCUUGGGAACCCUGUCAGGUUUGGUGCAGCUUAUACUUUAUGCAUGGUUCUAUAGAACUACCAAAUGGGAUGAAGAUGAUAAAGCACCAGCUCAACAAGUUCAACUUUCCGAGAUUUGAUGAUGACGCCAUCAAAUUUUAUUUCUCUUUAUCCUCCUUUCAAGUGGAUUUGUCGUUCUUGUUUGUCUAUCAUUCCCAGGUUUUUAGAUUUUCGUAGACAAAAAAUCUGUACAACAAAUAUUUUCUUGCCAGUAUUUCGAUUCCACUUUAAUUGCAGAAAAUGUUUGGUUCCCGUUCCUACAA